AUGGACAUCCCUGAUGCCCGAGUGCUUGUUUCUCCACACCUUCUUUCAGGAAAGCCCAAGGUGUACCAAGGGGUUAGAGUGAAGAUUACAGUCAAGGAGUUACUGCAGCAGAGAAGAGCACGACAGGCAGCGACCGGUGCUACGCCCAGAUCCUUCCCAGCCCUUGCUCCAGGCAGGCGCUACCAGAUAACCGGCAAUGCAGCCAAUCAGCACCUGAAAGGAGCCCAUGAAAUGCAGAUGAGGAUGCCGUGGGGCCAGCAGGCACCUUUUGAUGCAGAACCCAUCUCUUCUGUUCCCAACUACUGUCCAUCAUGGCAGUUUUCAAAUUGCCUCUCCUGUGAAGAAAGCCCUGGCUACUUGGAGCAGCUGGUAGAGUCCUGUCUUCAGCCAGAUGCAGCCUUAGAUCCAGCCUUCAGCACGUUCCAGACAUCCUCACACUACACCUCAGAUGCAUUCCAGCCAGUCCCACUCUGCUUUAACCAGAGCCUGAGCUCAGCUGAGCUCUCCAGCCCCCUCAACCACAGCUGCUCUCCUCCUCAGCUGUCUCCCUUCACCCCGCUGACCCACAGCCCCCCAUCUGCCCUGGACACCAAGACCUAUGGCUGCCCUGGGGAGGAGUGGUCAUGCCAUGCCCCUUCCCCUUAUCCCCAGCCUGCCUGCUGCUGCACAGCCUGUGGUUCCCAGCACGGGGACAACAGGGUCCCCCAGUACUUCCCCAGCACGGACUGCAUGGACUACCUGCCACCCAUGGCUGAGGACUUCUUCAGGAGGGAUAGGAACUGUGACAUCUGCUACAGCUAA